AUGAGUCAAAAGAGAUUACAAGAGAUAAGCAAUCAAAUAUCAAAGAUAGCAAUAUCAAAUAAUCAUUCUAUUAUAACAAAAGAGGUAUUAAGAUCAAAUGAUAAAGAUGCAAUACAUAAAGCAUUAGAUAAAUUAAAUAAUUGGAUAAAUAAUCCAAAUAGUGAUAUUAAACAAUUAGAACAAACCGGUAUUUUCAUUGCAAUGUUGGAAUUGUUAAACAAUGAAGAUAUAGAAAUUGUUAGACACAUCGUUUUAAUAUUUAAAUUAUUAACUUUAAAAGAUACUAUUUUAAAUGAAAUAUUAAGAUCUUUGGAUGCUGUACAUAAAUUAGAGUUGCUAUUGGAGAGUUCGUAUGAUCCUAUGGUAUUGGAAGACACUGCUACCGCUAUCGAAUGUCUAAGGCGUUGUACACCCUAUAGCAUAAGAAGAGUCGGUCUCGGUCAGUACAAUGAGAAUAAUGGACAGUUUCAAUGGACACUCGAUCUACAACAACUUCACUACAAAGAUGUCGGUGUGGCUUGGCGUGUCUGGGAUGCAGGUAUUGGAUUCACUCGUUGGAUUCUAGAGAAUCCACAGAUUUUCGAAGGCAAAGAAGUACUAGAGUUGGGUGCCGGUCUUGGAAUUGCAGGUUUGGCAGCUGGUUUAUUGUGUCAGUCGGUACUGAUGACCGAUUACACACCGAAAAUAGUAUCGACACUUCGUGAGAAUGUAAAGAUGAAUUCCGUGCGUUCCAAGUUGAUUCGCGAUGCAUGCAAGGUUGCACCACUCGAUUGGACCAAAGACAAAGUACCGAAGCCGUUCCACUAUCAAGUGAUCAUUGGAACAGAGGUGGUGUACGAUGUCAAUCUGGUGGAGCAUCUGGCCAAUGUUAUUCAUCAGAGUUUGACACCGGACGGUGUAUUCUAUGGUACUGCUGCAACCAUUCGUAGAGGUAUACCAGAGUUUAUCAAGUGUAUGGAGGAUAAGUUUGAAUUUGAAGUAAAGGUAACCGAUUUUCCAAAGAGAUUUGUACCAGAUACCAAUUUCGAUACCUAUUUCUUUGAGUGUAGAAAGAGAAAGAAUCAAAUACCACUUGCAUCAUCAUCGUCGUCAUCAGAUGAUUCAAAUCAAUAUUUAGAUCAAUCAAGUGCUCAACAAUAA